AUGACUUUUAAUCACCCGACUGCUGCAUCAAACGAAACAGAGAUCCUUGAACGCCUAAACGCAGCCACCUUGAUCGAACACACCACCAUCAAACCGUUCCUCUACCAACCGCCCAACUUCAAAUGCUUCUAUUGCUUGCAAACAAUCCCAGAUAUCCCAUCACUACUCCAACACGACACCCAUUCUAUACCCCGCAGACAUCACUUGAUAAAAAACCACUUGAAGCGUAAUUUAAAAGCGGAUAUAUCCGAUCUAAAAUGCAGGAUUUGCGGCGACGGAUUCGCGGACCUGCCUGACAUAAGGCUUCAUUUAGAUAAAGUCCAUAAAAAGCUGUUUUAUAACGCUAAUAAUGGCGUAAUUACGUAUGAUCUAACUUUAAAAAAUGGAAUGCUAGAAUGUCACAAAUGUAAGAAGAUAUUUAAUUCAUUCUUUCUCCUCAAUAAACACAUGAAUGAGCAUUCCAAUGUAGUCUGUGAAACAUGUGGCCUCGGCUUCGUGUCAAAGCAAAGGUUAAUAUGUCAUAUGACAGUUCAUCAAAAUGGCGCCUAUAAAUGUGGUAAUUGCGACGCGGUGUUGCCAACUAAAUUCGCUUUACGUUACCAUUGUCUAUCGAGGCAUGCGGUUGGGAAGAAGCGCUUCAAAUGCGCUCUCUGCUUCGAGCGAUUUUCCGAGCAUUACAAGAAAAUGACACAUAUGAAAGAAAAACAUGGGAUUUUAUUCAAUUUUACCUGUUCAAUUUGUAAAGCGAAUUUCCACACGCGCAAGGCUUUUUGGAAACACAAAAAUAAGAUGCAUACCCAGGCAAUUAAAUGUGAGAUCUGUGGGAAGUGUUUUGGGGAGAAUUGGGAGUUGAAUUUGCAUUUGAAAUCUCAUACCGGGGAGAAGCCGUUCGUUUGUGAUAUCUGUCAGAAAUCAUACAAACAGAAGAAGUCCUUGUUAAAACACAAGACUGUGCACGAAACAUCGUAG